AUGUCGAAGAAAAAGGAGAUCUUUACGCAGCUGCGGGUGCCUGGAGGAGAGGUCACAGAGUCCGAUGGUGUGGUGUAUGCCUUUCACCAUGCUGGUGGCUCGGCGACCUCGUUUGUGCCCUUUGCUCGGGCGGCGCCUCGGCUGAGUUGGCGGGCGCUGCAGCUGCCGGGUCGCGGGGUGCGGAUGAGCGAGGCUCAUCCUUCGUCGGUGGCGGGCAUUGUGGGCGAGGCGGUGGUGGCGAUGGCCUCUGAAAUGGGCGCAGGUGGCGAGUAUGUGGUGUUUGGCCACUCGAUGGGCGCCACGCUGGCGUACGAGGUGGUGCGGGCGCUGAUGGCGGUCGGUGCCGGGAACGGCGAUGGCAAGGCGAGUGGGGCCGAUGCCGAGCUGGCAGCAGCGGUGGAAGAGGCGGCGGCGGCGGCUGGCGUGGCGAUGGAGACUGUGUGCGCUCUGCCGAUGCCCAAGGCGCUCAUUGUCUCGGCCCGGUCGGCGUUUCCGGUCUCGGCCUCACCUCGUACCUGGUGA